AUGCGUCCGUCACGCGCGCUGCUGCUACCGCUGCGGCGCCAGUCCGGCAUCCAGCUCACGCUCUUCACGCGCGCCAACUGCGGACUGUGCGACGUGGCCAAGGCGCGCAUCGGCGAGUUCAUGGCCAAUUCCAAAUCCAACUCCACCAAGGACAUCAGCAACAACACCACCACCGCCACCGACAAACAGCAGCAGCAGCAGCUCGACACGCGGCGGAUCAUCCACUACGCCGAAAUCGACAUCAUGGACCCGGCCCAGGCUAAGUGGCGGGACGUCUACGAGUUUGAUGUGCCCGUGCUGCACGUCGACAGGAGGGUGUCGAGAGUCAAGGGUCAGCACGACGGGGUCGAUGGUUGA